CUGGCCGCGUACGUCGGUUGUGGUGCGGACGACGACGACGCGCCCUCACGAGUAUGAUUCGCGCGUGCCAUUUGCCAAGUGCUACUGGCGCAAGCGCCGGCGCGCCUUUCAAGCUCAUCAUCCUGCUUACACUCGCCCUUAGACUCGCGCGAUCCGACAAUGGCGAAGGGCCAAUCUUCACAGAGCCAAUAUUGAACGUGACCAUCCCGGUCGGCAGGGAAGCCGUGCUCUCGUGCGUCGUCGAAAAUCUAUCCACAUACAAGAUAGCGUGGCUGCGCGUAAACACACAGACCAUCCUGACUAUAGCCAAUCACGUAAUUACAAAAAAUCACAGAAUUAGCGUGACGCAUAGCGACCAUCGCGCCUGGUAUCUGCACAUUCGUGAUGUCCGUGAGUCUGAUGCCGGAGAUUACAUGUGCCAAAUCAAUACUGAUCCGAUGAUAAGUCAAAUUGGUUAUUUGGAAAUUGUCGUACCGCCCGACAUUCUGGAUUACCCGACAAGUACGGACAUGGUAGUGCGAGAAGGUAGCAAUGUGACGUUGAAAUGCGCAGCGACGGGUACACCGACUCCGAAUAUUACGUGGCGUCGAGAGGCUGGUGAGCAGAUAGUCCUUGGCAACGGUCAAGAAGUUAUAAGUGUUGAAGGAUCAUUGUUGAACAUAACGAGGGUAAACCGGCUGCAUAUGGGUGCAUACCUAUGUAUUGCAUCAAACGGCGUACCUCCAACUGUCAGUAAAAGAAUCAUGUUGAUAGUUCAUUUUCCGCCUAUGAUAUGGAUUCAAAAUCAGCUGGUGGGUGCCCAAGAAGAAGAAGAAAUGACUUUAGAGUGUCUGUCCGAAGCAUUCCCCAAGUCGAUAAAUUAUUGGACCCGUGAAAACGAUGAAAUCAUUGCAAAUAGUGAUAAAUACGAACCUGUAUUACUGGACAACGCCUAUAAAGUGCAUAUGAAAUUGACUAUAAGGUCAGUAACGCAAGACGACUAUGGAACAUAUAAAUGCAUUUCCAAAAACUCUCUCGGAAGUACUGAUGGAAGUAUUAAGCUUUAUCACAUUCCUACACCAACGACGACAACACCAAAAACAACUACUACGACGACAACGACAAUGACACCCAUUCUCCCUGUCACGAGAGCUGAAAAAAAGCAAAGAUCUAGGCAAAAAAUUACCCCGAGCUCUGAACCUCGUGUCAAUGAAGUGACAGGGUCGAAGACUGCUGCGAAGAAAGAAGAUACUCGAUAUCGAGGCAAAGCAAAUGAUGACGCGACAGGUACUGGGAAAGCAGGAACGGUAGCAAAUACAAGCAGGAAAAAUGGCAACCACAAUAACAAUCUGGAGCAACGGCUAGAUUUACGGGAUAAAACAGCACAAUCUCGAUCAUCGGCUACCGCCUCGGCAAACUCGAUGUUAAUCAAUGCAAAUGUAUUGAGAAAUGCAACAGUGACAGCUAUUUUUAUGUUAUUCAUUUUCAAUCGAAUGUUGGCUUGCACGUAGUAUGCGAAUGCUUAAGAGCAAUCUUGUAAAUAAUUGAAAAUGGCAUAUUUUAGACAAGUGAAUAAUAAACUGUAUUGAUCAGUGACCUAAUAUUUUAAAAAUAUGUGAAGUGUUACUUGUAUAUCAAAGUACAACUAUUAAUUGAAACUGAAUGUGUUUCCAAUAUUUGAGAGUGACACGGUAUCAAUGAAAUUCAUCAGAGUAAAGAAUCGUAAUGAUUAAGUAUUGGCAUCGAGUGUACUGUUGUGUAAUAGUAACUUUGGUGCCGUUUAUUAAAGACCAGUGUACGUAUGUUUAAUGUAAAUUAUAUACGAUUAUAUUCAAAAAGUAUUGCUUACAUGUUGAACCGAUUAUUGAAUCGCAAUAUCGUUGUGAUGAAGCCUUUUAUUAUAUCAUAUUAUAGCUUUUUCAUAUAAUUUUUCAAUUGAGUGUAAAUAUUGUUAUGAAAGUGAUAGUUGAAUGCUUUCUUGAAGUGCUAGGAGAAUAAUAUUUGUACAAAAUCAUGGCCUAUCUAAUUUAUAUGCGAGGCUUCAAUUUCUCAAACGUAUAUGUUUAUUAGUCAUGUUAAUUAAGUCAAUGUUCAUGCAUUACUUUUGAAACAUUUACUUUUACAAUUAACCUGUGAUAACAUUAAUUUUUUUUAAAUUCGAAAUUUAGAAUUUCAUCAUAAAUUGCGUAAAUUAGUUUAUUUUGCAAGAAACUGUAGAAAACCAUGUAAAUAGUAUAGAUAAGAUUUGCAUCCAACAUGGAAGUUUAUGGCACGAAAGUGAUUGUAAAUAUUUUUAAGAUACGUAAUGGUUCGAUGCACAAUUAUCUUAAAUUAAUGAUAACAUGUAUAUACGUAUAAAAUAAAAAAAAAAUAUGUUGGUGUUCAUUGAUUGAACUGUAUGUGCAAACUUUUCUCGAUACAUAGGUAAUCUUUCACUGCACAUAUAUAUACAACCGUUCAAGAAUAAUUAUCAUAAACGUAUAUAUUUGAGAAACACAAAAAAAUCUAUCAGUUUUGGAAUGUAAUUGAAAAAAGAAAAAACUUUAAUUGAUUUUACAGUAUGUCAGUAAUAAUAAUAAAUUUAUUUUCAACUUAACUCUCGAGCAAAAUUUCAGGAAAAUCCGAGUCGUUCAUUAUCAUGUAACUUUGUAUAUAAAUC